AUGCUGCGCCGUCUCCAGCGCUACAACGUGUGCAACGAUGUCUUCCACAUCUGGCACGACGGUCUGUUCGGUACCAUUAAUGGACUGAGACUUGGCAGGUUACCGUCUAAACCGGUGGAGUGGGUCGAAAUUAACGCGGCAAUGGGCCAGGCAGUGUUGUUGCUGGCAACUAUCGCUGACCGUGCCGGGUUUGAAUUUUCACGUAAUCGUCUCGUGCCUCGGGGGAACUUCUCCCGUGUAGUCAAUAUGUACGGAAAAGAGUACAGUCUGUACAGCGACGGUGGCAUGUUCCGACGUCGAGGCUUCAAUCAAGCUAUGAUUCUAUUUCUCGAGUGCGUGGAGGACGCAGGUCGUCGUGCCAUGAAAGAAGAGCCAUUGCUCAAGUUCCCGUACAAGGUGGAGCGCGGCAAAAUCGGUGGUCUGCCCAUUUCUCUUGGUAACGAUGAGCAGUGGACUCGAGCGCUCAAGUACAUGCUCACGCAUCUUAAAUGGCUCUUGGCUUGGAUUUCGAAGCGCUAUUGA